AUGAAGGCCAACGCUGGCGAAACCAGCGGCCGGAUUCUUCUCCAGACAAACAUCUUGGACGAGAACGAUCAGCCAACCGAGCUCACUCUCCGAUGCAUCAUGGAGAUUGCCCGAACGGACAACAACCGAAUGUUUGAGUUCUUCUAUUCCGUGAUCAAUGAUGAUGGAAGUCCUCAGUUCGUCGGGGUUCGCGCGGCAUACGGAUUCGGCCCCGAUAGCUUUAACCGUUUCCGACGGCUGACUAAGUCUCAGCACGGGCCGUUUCUCCAGCUUGCAGUCGAGCACUACGUCGCCGGCGAGCGAAAGAGGAACGUGGUCCGACACCACCCCCAGUACGGCUGGGGUUGCGCAACGAUUCGCGAGUUCUUCGGGUACAUGAGCGAUUGUCAUGUCGGGCCUCCGAAGGGACAACUGUUCCUUACCCUGCUCCCGUAUGCUCCCGGAUCUGGGAAGAACAAUGAGUGGGAGGAGGUGUACAUGAAUGCCCGGAUGAAUCCGAUGCGCGAGACGCUAUCGAAUACUGCGUUGUCGCAUACCAUGCUUCCCGAGGGCAUGGGAUCCAACCGCAUGAUUGUGUUUGCGAUUGAUCUGCACAUGAUUGCCGCGGGUCUCAACCCGGUGUCCUUCCACCCGAGAGGAUAUUAUGCGAUCAAGGACAGUAUCCCUCUCGCGCGCAUGCCGAUUGCAUACUUCAUGGACUCGGGUGCUUUGGUGUUCAACACGGCAUUCAAGUACAUUGGAGGUCCGAAGUUUGGCACCGGCCCGGAGCGAGCAAACCACAAACGAGAAACGUGGCCUCUCGCAAGCUUCGAUUGCCCGAUGUGCGGGACUGCGUUUCCCGUAGGGCUCCACAUGUGCCACGCGUGCACGAAGCCGGUUCAUUACCCUGGUGGGAUGUUCUACGCCGAUCCAGUGAACCCAUUCCAGGUAGCUUAUUACGGCAGUCACGCUCAAUGGCUUAACGAUCUGAUUGAGAGAAACACACUCUCGGAGUUCAAGCUCCAUGAGUACCCUGCGAUCAAGCACCUGAGAAACUUUCCGGUGUCCAGGGCUCUCUCUGAAGAUCACAGGCAGACCGCAUUCUUUGGCGUGCCUCCGAUUAAGUGCGUCGCGGUUGACACGUUGCCGAAGGAGGUGGAGUUGUUCAAGAAGAGUGUGCGCGGCACGAUUCAAGUCGCCAUCCGCUUGGAUAUCUCCAUCGAGAGGCUUGUCGCCGGAAUUACUGGCAAGGAAGCCCGAAGCGGUGUGCUUGAUUUCCUUGAAUCGAGAUCAAUCCAGUGCGCUACCACGAUUGUCAAGCACUUCGGAGCGAUCUUCGCGACAUGUCGCGAAAAGCCACUGUGCUUCUACGCACGGUGGUCGAUUCAUUGCCAACGCGCAUACCGCAUCUGCCUGGAGCGCGGAUAUCUUUCUCCCUUCUACACAGGGGAGAGAGUCGAUUAUUGUAUCGACGGAGACAUGAUUCAGAAACUCCGUCUGGCGCACCUGCCUUUGCAGAACGCCAACUUGGAGAUGAGGAGGCACAUCCGACUCUCUACCGAGUUUGACACCCUCGAUGAAUUCCGCGCCACGAUCACAGACACGCAGAAGUACCAACGGUACAUGCGGAUUGAUAGCGAAAGUCUUUCAGCGCUCCUUGCCAAGGGUGCUGCUCAGGCAACUGGGGAUCCCAAAGGAAAAGGAAAAGGGGAUGAUGCCCAGGCUAUCAACUGGCGUGAGCUGGAUCCCUUGGGGCGGAAAAGAAUUCCGCACCACACCGAUGCCCGAUUCAUGAUUAUCGAUGAGGGCAACACCGAGCAUCUCGAUGCUCCUGAUACGCCUGAGCAGGCUCGAAAGGAUUUCAAGGACUUUGUCCGAGAUCAUGGAUCCAAGACGAAGCAAAUUCUCGAGGACGAUAAGACUAUCGAGAGUACGUUCUUCGAUCUUGUCGAUGGCGUAAAGGAUCAGCUCCCCGAUGUGAAGAGCACCGAUCCGACGAAGAUGUCGAUGAAAACCGAUGUCUUCGAGGCUCUGCCGGAUGAGCUGGAUGAGCCGGAUGAACUCUUCGAUGUCGCAGCUCGACGAAGAAGGCAGCGAGAAGAGGCGCCACAGCGCCAUGUACAACCUUCUACUCGGAGAGAGGUCGCGACACCUGAAGCUCACAAUGUUCCCGUGCCAACGGAGGACGAUGACGAUGAAGAUGACAGUGAGCUAGAUCGGGUGAUCCGCCCGAAGCAAGCGGCCAAGCGCCCCGGGCGAGAACACCUUGGUGGUGUCGCUCUUGAGAUGACGCCGCCUUCGCCGCGCGAUAUGCCGCCGCCCUCGAAUCCACCGGUUCGGAAGUCGCAGCGGCAGACAGGAUUCAGCGGAUUCAGCGUGCCUCACCCGGAAGGGGAGACUUUGCGUGUAACGGGGAGGGCAGAGUACUCUAACAAACUAAAGCUGCCCAUGGUUCUGCGAAUCAAAACGCGGGUGCCCGAGCCAGACUUGGAGAAACCCGCGAUCGAAGAAAUCAUUCGCAUGUACCACGCCCGAAGCACGCUAUCGGCCAUCAGGAAGAAGGCUGCGGCUGUCCUCAUUGCGAUGAACGCCAAUCCUGAUGAUGAUAUCAACAUGAAGGCAGCCGAUGUGCAGGUCUCCUAUGCGAUGGAUACGGGAUCAGUGAGGGCUGCAUCCCCUGGGGGUACAUCUGCCACCACUGCGGAACAGAUCAACCCCAAGUUCCCUGGACCGUCGCUUCGAACGGCCUCGAAUCCGCCAGCGAAGGCGCCCCGCGAUGAAAAGUGGGCUCCUUCAAUCACGCGACCAGCGCCAGCCCGAGUGAUUACAAGCACGGAGGGGCGAGGUCGCACGCAACAGCGAUCUGCUGAAGCCACGGUGCCUGCACGGCCUGCACCUUCCGAUACAACAUCCUCUGAGCCUCGAUUGCGUACGAUGGGCCCGGCCAAAGAAACAACGGCCAAGGGCAAAUCCCGAUCUGGCUCCGACGUCGCUGAGCCUGAUGAAGUGAGGCAACCGACGAAGGGCAAAG